CCAUUACCCUACCUUUCAGGAUUUGAAAUUCCAAAUACAAAUUUCCCUCUUCCUCGAGCUCUGAUCUCAGGAAUGGCACUGAGGAUCGUCUGCGGCGUGGUGUUCCUCUCCGUUUCCUGCGCCUGCUUCAUGUUCCUCCUCCUCAUUCUCCACCCGAUCUUCUACUUCACCUCAUGAUCCGUGCUGCUCAAAUCGGCUUGGUUUUCCGAUUCUUAAUUUCGAUUUUUCAAUACCUUCUGUUAUAAUUGGUUGAAACCGCAAAGGAAAGGGAAAGGUUUUUUUUUUCUUUUUUUUUUUUCCUUUGUUGCCGUGUAAUUCCAGACUCUUUCUUGUUUAUUUUUUUAUUUGGUUGUCUGUUUUGAGCAAGGAUGGCAAUUUUCUCCGCGACCGCGGAGUUUCACGGAGAUACUCGCCACGGGGAUGGAGAUUCUCAAAAUAUUCCUACCCGUGAGGCGGGGAUGGAGUGGCAGCAGCUUUCAAAUGCAGAUAAAGAUCUUUUUCCGCUUCUUGAGUGCUUUACAUCCAUAGCGCAGGGGAAAAAAGGGUUCUCAACUCUGAACUUUGGCAUGCAUGUGCGGGACCUCUUGUUUCUCUACCUCCUGUUGGAACUUGGAAGGAGGGUUGUUUAUUUCCCACAGGGUCAUAGUGAACAGGUGAUGAGCGGUACUGUUGGGCAACCACUGCAAAGAUUAGUGCAAAGGAGGGUGAUGCUUCACAUAGGUUUACCUAGAUGCAUGUACAACAGACGUGGUUGGAAGGAUUGGAAAUGAAAGACCAGUCAACCUGACUGUUCUAGAUCGAAGCUAUGCCUAACCUCUUGGCUUCAGAGUAUUCAGUAUUCUAUUGAAAUAAAUGUAUUAAUGAUAUUAAUCUUUUAUAUUUCUUAUAUUUCAAACAACUACAGGAAAUUCAGAGAUCAUUCCUUUUGUGGAUGCUUAUAAUCAAAUAAAUGUAUUGAU